CUGAAACGAAAGCCAAUCGGUCGUGAUAUUCUCACACGCGCAGCUGCUUUUCAAUCGGCUCUGUGUUCGUUCGUUUGUUUGUGCUAUAACUGCUACCCCCGCCCACUGCGAUCAUCCGCCUUGCCCCCGCCCCCGCAGUUCCCGUGCGCCGCGAACAAAGAGUGGAAAAUUUUGGUGUCAGCUGAAAAGGAAACCCUUUAGCCAUCUUAUUUGGGCCCCGUAACGCUGCGGCCCCCCGUAAACACCGGAUUCGUUGUAUCCCCCACCUGGAUGGGUGUGAGUAUGCCAGUGAACUGUGCCAACAAGGACUGCCUGGGUCUCCGUAAGCGUGUCUGUGGUCUGCAUCAAACCUGGAAGUGGCUGCAUCAGACGCCCGACCUGCACGAAUACCUCAUCUCGGCCAGCUCCGUGGCUGCAAACACAUCCCGAACCACUAAGAACGCCACAGUCUAAAGUCCAGAGCGACCAAAGCCAUUUAAAGACCAAAACGAAUACAUAGCGUAGAUAGUAGACCAUACAUAACCUAAAGAAGAGCGCACACAGAGACCACAUAGAACCGGGCAGACGACAACCGUAGAAACCAACCAACCAAUCAACCCGUCAAGAGCUUUUUUCGACACCAUUGACCUUGUUUCGCUUGCAAGCG